AUGGCGGAUACAGCGACUACAACACCCGCGGCGGCGGCGGCAAGUGCCGCGAACGCCUCGACCGAUGCACCUCCUUUCCAGCUGGGCAAGCCCCGCUUCCAGCAGACUUCCUUCUAUGGCCGCUUCAGGCACUUCUUGGAUAUCAUUGAUCCUCGCACACUCUUUGUCACUGAGAGACGUCUCCGAGAAGCUGUGCAGCUACUGGAGGAUUAUAAGCAUGGAACCCUGCGCCCUGGGGUCACCAAUGAACAGCUCUGGAGUGCACAGAAAAUCAAGCAGGCUAUUCUACAUCCGGACACCAAUGAGAAGAUCUUCAUGCCCUUUAGAAUGUCAGGUUACAUUCCUUUUGGGACACCGAUUGUGGUUGGUCUUCUCUUGCCCAACCAGACGCUGGCCUCUACUGUCUUCUGGCAGUGGUUGAACCAGAGCCACAACGCUUGUGUCAACUAUGCAAACCGCAAUGCUACCAAGCCUUCACCUGCAUCCAAGUUCAUCCAAGGCUAUCUGGGAGCUGUCAUCAGCGCUGUCUCAAUUGCAGUGGGCCUUAAUGUCCUGGUUCAGAAAGCCAACAAGUUCACCCCGGCCACUCGCCUUCUUGUCCAGAGAUUUGUACCAUUCCCUGCUGUAGCCAGUGCCAAUAUCUGCAACGUGGUCCUGAUGCGGUACGGGGAGCUGGAGGAAGGGAUUGAUGUCCUGGAUGGUGAUGGCAACCUCGUGGGUUCCUCCAGAAUCGCAGCCAGACACGCCCUGCUAGAGACGGCGCUGACUCGAGUGGUUCUUCCCAUGCCCAUCCUGGUGCUACCUCCAAUCGUCAUGUCCAUGCUGGAGAAGACCGCUCUACUGCAGGCGCGCCCCCGGCUGCUCCUCCCUGUGCAAAGCCUCGUGUGCCUGGCAGCCUUUGGCCUGGCCCUGCCAUUAGCCAUCAGCCUCUUCCCGCAGAUGUCAGAGAUUGAAACGUCCCAAUUGGAGCCUGAGAUUGCACGGGCCACCAACAGCCGGACAGUUGUGUAUAACAAGGGGCUGUGAGUGGUGGCAACCGGCCUGGGGACAGAGCAUCUUCUGCGCUGGGGCGGUGGUGGGCAGGGCACGCAGA